ACUAAAGGCUGCUAAUCUUAUUGAAUAAAGAUUCUAGAGUGACAAGCAGAUGAUUUCAAUUGAUUUUUCUAUGUUGGUAUGGAUUUCAUUAAUAUCACCCCUUUCGAUUUGAUUUAAAUCUAUUUAUCUGUUUGAAUAUUUCUCAGCUAUUAUGCAAGGAUUGGUAAUAAAUAAGUGAAAUUUUAUAAAUUGUUUGGGCCGUUUAUUUAUGCGAGUUUAUGAAACUGGCUGUCAAAAGUCAUAUUGUAUUGGUAUCGUUAUAAAAAUGUUUAUGACUUAAAACAAUGGCGUUAGACAUGAUUGGCAAUCUGAAAUCUUGAAGAUGUAAACUUAAGAAAACUGAAAUGCCAUGUGAACCCAAGAAAAUCGGACACAACAAUUAAACAUAUAAGCAAUAAAUACUGGUGAGCUGGCAUACCUAUUGGGUUGUUUUGAUGAGACAAUCUUGAGCAAUAAUCUGCAAAAAAAGACAUCUCAAUGAUUGCCUUAAAAAAGUGUACAGUUGCCGUUUUUGGCGUCAAUUUUGUUUUGAUGACCUUAACCGCCUUCAUAUUCAUAUUCAAAGUGCCUAAGGAAUCGAAUUACUAUCGUGACGAUGGGCGCCGUAUGAUUAACCUAAUCAAUCAUAUCGACUCUAGAACAAUUGAUUACAACUAUUGGGGUCCAUUGGAUAAUGUUCAUGUUAAGUCAUUGAGUAAUAAACAGCUAAGCAAUGAACCAUUAGAUUUCAUCGAGAUAUGGUCUAAAGCAGCGAUGGGAAUUUAUCUUUGGGAACAUAUAUUGACGGGAGAACUCAGUAAAAAAAGUCCAUUCUAUCAAUAUGGAUUUAGAAAAGUUGAUCGAUUUAUUGUAAAAUUUCGCAGUGGGCCAUCUAUAACACCACAAUCAUUAGUAAAUUAUCUUUUUUUCGCUGCUAGACCAAAGGAUUCUAAAAACAUGAUUUUUGUUUUAAACGGGCAAUCUAAAGACAAAAUGGAAUUUGUUAAGCAAUGGUUGGCUAAGAUUCAAAAUUUAUCUUCCAGAAAAGAUAGCCAGCCGUCAGUCAAUUCUCCGGCUAUUUUAUAUGGUCAAGAAUUCGGUCUCAGCGAUUGGAUAAAAAAGUAUCUCAAAUCAAAUGAUGUUGCUAUUUAUCGGAACUUUCCUGAUCUGAACAAACUCAUAUCUUCAGCGGAAAGAUCAUAUACCUGCGAUUUUGACGGGACAGUGUCCAAUUCUUCUCGAGUUGAGCUUAUGAAUGUACUGAAAACUUUUGAUAAAGGAGUUUGUAUUGCGAAAAGCCGCCCAGAAUGGAAAAUAAAUGAAAAUAAUGAAGCUAUUGAGCUUUAUUUACAAGCUUUAAGGUUAUCUAACCUUACACCAAUUGGAAUGAAUUAUGAAUUGCAUCGUGACGCUCAAGCUUUAUCUCAUGGAUCGCCACCAGUGGUAAAACAAAAUUCAAACCAACUUAAAGAUCAAAAAUCAAACUAUGAUCCUUAUUCAGCAUACCGUUUAUUCAAAAAAUUUAACGCUCCUGUGAUAUACAUUUCAAACUGGACUCAUGAAGCCAGAAAGAAAUGAAUUCAUCAUUGGAACGAAAAAUUUCAAGAGGAAUUCUAUUGAUUGGGUGAUAUCUCUCUAUUUGUAUUCAAUAUUCGUAAACAUCAAUUUGGUAUUAUUGGAAGAAAUUUUCAAUUGUAAUUUAAGUGCAAAACUAUUUAGAAUUUAGUUAAAUCUAUUAAAAUAACCUUGAACAAAAAAA